AUUACUUCGCUCAUUCAUUCAAUCAUAAUCAUCCAUGUACAUGGCAUAUGAAUAACUUCUAAUAAAAAAAACACAUCAUCACAUGAAUACAUGAAGUUUCUAAAAUGCAAAAAGGGCUCUCUUGAAUGACCUGCAUAUUCUGGACUUGGAAACCAUGACUUGGGACGAAAUUGAUGCCGUUGGAGUGGCUCCUUCCCCAAGGUCUGAUCAUGCUGCUGUUGUACAUGUGGAGCGAUACUUGCUCAUCUUCGGAGGGGGUUCACAUGCAACUCGCUACAAUGAUUUACAUGUUCUCGAUUUGCAAACUAUGGAAUGGCCUCGCCCCACACAACAAGGUGAGAUACCAACUCCACGUACAGGACAUGCUGGUGUGACAGUAGGAGAGAACUGGUUCAUUGUUGGUGGUGGCGACAACAAGAGCGGGGCUUCGGAGACGGUUGUACUGAACAUGUCUACACUGGCUUGGUCAGCAGUAACAUUUGUUCAAGGGCGUGUUUCUAUUGCUAGUGAGGGCUUGAGUUUGGUUGUAAGCUCGAAUGAUGGAGAAGAUGUACUUGUAUCUUUUGAAGGAUACAAUGGGCGUUACAACAAUGAAGUAUAUGUUCUUAAACCCAACCCCAAAUCCACCUUGCAAUCCAAAAUAAAUGAAAAUUCCAUACCAGACAGUGUUUCUGCUGUACCAAAUGCUAGCAAAUUUUGCUGAUUCAAUUUCCAAAAUUGGAUAAUCCAUUCUAAAGCCUCAAGGCAAUUCUCAUACUGCAGGUGGCUCAGG